CGCCCGCAGCCAAUGAGCGGCGGAACGCGCUGCGGCCGAACGGGCGAGGCGGGGCGAGGCUGAGGCUGCGGCUGAGGCUGAGGGGAGCAGGAUCGCGGCGGGCGGUGAGGCUCUUCGACUGUGGCAGGGCUGCUGCCGCCCCUGUUGGCCAUGGGGGAGCCGCGGUACCUGCAGACGGACUGUGUGUUCCGGCCCGGGCCGCACACGGUGCGGGUGACCCUGGCUCGCUCUACGUUGCGGGUGGAAGUGGAGGCUCACGGCACCUCCGACCUGUGGAGGGGCGAGUUCGAUGCCACCUUCAUCGAGGAUCUGACCCGCAAAACGGGGAAUUUCAAGCAGUUUGGYAUUUUCUGCAGCAUGCUGGAGUCGGCACUGACACAGAGUAGUGAGUCUGUCAGCCUGGAACUCCUUACCUACACCGACCUGGAGACCCUGCAUAGCUGGAAAGUGGGGACAGUCAUCCGGCCACCCCCUUCCACCUCUUCYGUCCUCAACACAAAGCGCUACCUCAUCCUCGUCUACUCUGUGGAGUUUGAUAGGAUYCAUUACCCACUGCCACUGCUCUUCGUGGGGCGGCCAGACCUUGUGGCACUAGUGCGGGAUCUGCAGGAGCAGCUGGCGCGGCUCCGGGCCCGSCACCUGGAGAAGACCCAGCACUUGAAGGAUGCGCUGUGGCAGGCACUGGAGGAGAAGCGGGUGGCAGAGGCCCGGCAUCAGCGUGAGCACCAGCAGCUGGCUGCAGAGCUGGCUCAGGCAAAGGCAUCAGAGCAGAGGCUGCAGCUGCGGGUGAAGAACCUGACAGCUGAACUGGCCUCCUGCAGGAGGGGCCGUCAGAAAUCUGCCAGCAUGGYCCCCCRCCCCCAAGAGCAACGCUCAGCAUCMCUGGAGAGCCACAGGAGCAGCCGUGGCCGCCCGUCGCCACGGUCMCUGUCACCUGCAGGCUCCCGCCCACCACGCUUUGACCCCACUGCCUUUGUCAGGGCCCGGCAGCAACGGCAGAAGGAAGCUGAGCUCAGAAAGCAGCGRCGUGGAGUGGCUUCUGACAGCACCAGCCCAGCAAGAAGCCACAGGCGCAGCUCAUCGGCUGAAAGCUUCCGGAGCUGGCGCUUGGCAGGGAGCUCUGGCAGCAAAGCCAGUGAGGGCUCCAAGCCCAUGGCCUGCAGGGACAGGAAAGUGACCCGUACACGGAGACCCUUGAGCACCUCAUCCUGCAAUGGCCCCUGUAUGCUUCCUCAACCAGCUGCCAGCCACAAGCUGCCUGUAUGCAGGACUGGCAAGCGCCCUGGUAAAGAGAACCACUCUAAGGAGCCCUCGGCUGAACUUGCUGAGAUCGAUGCCCGGCUGCAGGCUCUGCAGGAGUACAUGGACAGCCUGGACACCUGCAUGUGACCCCCUCCAGGGUCACACACCCUCCCUGUGUCCUCAGGGUGACAGUGGUGGUGACGGGCAAGUGACACCCCC